AAUGUAGUGAGAGAUGUGAUUGAGAUACACAAGGCAGGAGGGUUCGAAAUACGUAAUUGGACGAGCAACAGCAGCGCCGUGCUAGACAGCAUUCCAAAAGAGGCUUUAGGUCCAGUGGCUGUCAAGUUCAAAAUAGACGAACAGUUGCAAGGAGAGCGUAUUCUUGGCCUAAUGUGGUACCCGAAGGAAGACGAACUCGGUUUUGAUGUCUCUUUGAAACGGAUUCCUGAGAGUGUCAUUCAUGGUAAAGACAAACCUACAAAACGUUUGAUGUUGCGUGUCAUAAUGUCUGUGUUUGAUGUUUUAGGAUUUUUGUCGCCCUUCACUAUACAAGGAAGAAUUAUGCUGCAGGAUACUUGGAGGAUAAACGUCGGUUGGGAUGAUUUGAUACCCGAUGACAUUUACACAAGAUGGUGCCAAUGGAUCGACAUGCUGAAGCCAGUAAAUGUCGUGUACUGCCGGUUAAGCCGAUGACUGUGCCACGAGCUGAACUCCAAGCUGCUGUCCUGGCCGCAAGAUUGGCGGACACGAUUGGGAAGGAGCACCGACUUGUUCCUGAACGGCGCUUCUUUUGGUCGGAUUCAACCACAGUCAUCCAUUGGAUUAGAAAUAGCACACGGAAAUAUAAAGUUUUUGAAGCGAACCGACUGGGUGAAAUUGAUGAGCUUACUCGUGUGAGUGAGUGGCGACAUGUUCCAACCAAAAUGAACAUAGCAGAUUUGGCUACAAGAGAUUCAUUCAACUUAGACUGUUUUCGCGGCGAAUGGUUUACGGGGCCUUCUUUCCUGUACGACGUCGAAACGUCAUGGCCCGCAGGUAUGGUUCAACCUGAAAUAGAACAAAUGCAGUCGGGUUACGUCAUGGUUAUGGAAAAUUCACUUGAAGCCUUACCUGUGCCUGACCCGCAUCGCUUUUCGUCCUGGCUUCGCCUGGUGAGGGCUACGGCGGUCGCACUCAAGUUUAUUGACAAGUGCAGAGGACUUACCGGUGAUGUAAAUUGCGAUACGAUGCGACGAGCGGAAUCUCUGUUGAUAAAACAGGCGCAGAUGGACUCCUUUAGCGAUGAGAUCACGGCAUUAAGGAAUGGAAAAUGUGUAGAUCGCAGUAGCCGGUUACUUACCUUAACUCCCUUUGAAGAUGAGCAGGGUUUGCUUCGAGUUGGAGGUCGCAUUGACGCAGCAGAAGACGUUAAUCUUGAGAUGAAAAGGCCCGUCAUACUGGAUGGAAGACACAGAGUGGCACGCCUCAUUGUGAGGCACCAUCACGUCAAGGCCGCUCAUGGGAAUCAAGAAACCGUCGUCAAUGAGUUAAAGCAGAAAUAUUGGAUUAUUAACUUAAGACCUACCGUGAAAACUGUGGUGUCGCAGUGUAUGUUGUGCAGAAUAAGAAAAUGCACUCCACGAAUUCCACGUAUGGGAGAUUUGCCGCAUGCUCGGUUGGCGCACCAUAAUCGUCCAUUUACUUACUGCGGCCUAGACCUUUUCGGGCCCAUGGAAGUAGCUGUAGGAAGGCGACGCGAGAAAAGGUAUGGCGUGUUAUUUACCUGCUUAACCGUUCGUGCAGUGAACAUAGAAAUAGUCCCAUCGCUGUCUACAGACUCCCUAAUAAUGGCUCUAAGAAGAAUGGCAGCCCGUCGUGGAUGGCCUAGUCACCUGUUUUCAGAUAACGGGACUAACCUUCGCGGCGCUGAAAAGGAACUGGCCAGAAGCAUUGCCGGCUUAGACCAAGAAGCUCUGAAAAGGGAGGGAGUUAACAACAACAUGACUUGGCAUUUUAUACCUCCGGCUAGCCCCCACUGGGGUGGGGCAUGGGAGCGUUUGAUCAGAACUGUAAAAACGUCGCUUAAAAUUGUAAUUGGAGAGAGAACCCUAAAAGAGGAAACGCUAUCGACGUUAAUGGCGGAGGUGGAGAACAUGGUCAAUAGUCGCCCAUUGUCGCAUGUGUCAGUAGAUCCGACAACGGGAGAGUCGUUAACGCCGAAUCAUUUUCUUUUAGGAAGCUCUUCAAAUCUGCCUUGUAUCGGGGAAUUUGAUGACACCGACUUGCAUCUGAGAAAGCAGUGGCGGAAGGCGCAACGCUUAGCAGACAUGUUCUGGAAAAGAUGGGUGCGAGAAGUUUUGCCAGACAUGCUGCCACGGAAAAAAUGGAACUCAGAGCAGGUGCCGUUGCAGGUGGGUGACUUGGUGUUAGUUGUGGACCCAAGUUCUACUCGUAAUACAUGGCCUAAAGGGAUUAUUCAUCGGGUCUAUCCUGGAAAGGACGGACGCAUCAGAACCGUGGACGUCAAAACUAAGACCGGAAUUUGGCGUAGGUCAGCGGCGCGCGUCGCCCCAAUAUCCUUGGAUAGUGAGUGCUGUUCCAGCACUAGGGUGGGGAGUGUUGCCGAUGCAUAAAACCUCCGUAGAGGUUUUUCUCUUAGGUUUGAUUUUCAUUAAAAAACUUGGUUUGACGUCUGUGU